AUGAUCAACUCUACAAAGGUUUCAUAUUUCACACUUGGUGCUUACUUUGACACUGGGGCUUACAGAUAUUUGUGUUUCAUGAUUAUUAUGUUUCUGUAUAUUCUAAUUAUUUGUACCAAUUCUUUGCUGACUGUGGUUAUCUGUCUGAACAGGAGCUUACAUGAACCCAUGUACAUUUUUCUGUGCAGCCUGUUUGUAAAUGAGCUGUAUGGUAGUACAGGGCUGUUUCCAUUCCUUCUGGUUCAGAUCCUCUCUGACAUUCACACUGUUUCUGCUUCUUUCUGUUUCCUGCAGAUUUUCUGUGUGUACUCUUACGUGUGUGUAGAGUUCUCCAGCUUAGCCGUCAUGUCUUAUGACAGAUAUCUCGCUAUUUGUCAUCCUCUGCAGUAUAAAACACAUAUGACUUUUAACAAGAUUGCCAUACUCAUUGCUCUGCCAUGGUUAUACUCUUUUCUUACCAUUGUUACUCUGAUAGCAUUGAUCGCUCCUUUACAGCUCUGUGGGAACAUCAUUGACAAAGUGUACUGUUUAAAUUAUUCCAUUGUAAAGUUGGCAUGUACUGAAACCAGUGUGAAUAACAUUUAUGGACUUAUAAUCACUUUUCUCACAGUCUUUGUUCCAUUAUUUAUAAUUAUUUACAGUUACAUGAAGAUCCUUAAAGUGUGUUUUUCUGGCUCCAAACAGACGAGACAGAAAGCUUUCAGCACCUGCAUGCCUCACAUCGCUUCUCUGCUCAACUUCUCUUUCGGGGUUUGUUUUGAAAUAUUCCAGAGCAGGUUUGAUAUCAAAGGUGUGCACAGUAUGUUAAAAAUUGUUUUAUCACUGUACUUCCUGACAUGCCAACCGCUCUUUAACCCUGUAAUGUACGGACUGAAACUGUCCAAAAUCCGCGUCACAUGUAAAAGUCUGCUGUUACACUGUGCUCUUCAGUGCUGGUCAUCCACGAGAUUUGAUCAGGAUAACUGA